UCCAUCCCCUCUUCCUCCCCACACCAUAAGCAGCAAACCCACCGAAGCUUUGCUCUGCUCCUCGAAACCACCUAGCUAUACCAUAUUACCAUGGCGGCAUCUGUAGCCAGCUCUUUCUUCUUUGACGACGAGCCGGCAGGCGAGCGCGGCAUGGCCGCGAUGGACGCGUGCGCGCUCUGCGCCAAGCCGCUGGCGCGCGAGAAGGACAUCUUCAUGUACAGAGGGGACACCCCCUUCUGCAGCGACGAAUGCCGCCACAAGCAGAUGCGGGACGACGCCGUCUGCGAGAGGCAAGCUGCCCGGAGGGUGCGGCCGUACUCGUCCAUACCGGAGUCCCUUCUUGGGCAGCCUGGGUCCGGGGAGGUGUCGGUCGGGAGCUGACCGGCCUGAGCGCCAACGAGGUCUGAUUGUCUGAAGAACCAUCAAUUUUGGGAUGAUGACAUCUCGCCGGCGUUCAUGGGCAGCAGGUGCUGUCCUGCGCGCGUGUCCGGCCGGUGAGGCAGCGGCGCCCGCCCCGCAGCUUCUUGGCUGAAGAAGGCAAUGAUCGAAGGACACACCGUGUGUUUAACUUCUAAAUUUGCUAACCCGAUCAGUUCUACUCUGUGAUUAUUCGAUUGUAUAUCCAUGAAUUGUGCUGUUCUGGUGCUCCAAAUGAAAUGAAAACACUCCUCCUUUGGCACUCAA